AUGGCGUUCGCUGAAAGACUUGCGCCGCCAGGGAAAAUAAAAUUCAACAGCAAGAAUCUCGCUGAAGAUUGGCGUAAAUGGAAAGAGGAGUUCAGUCUCUACGUUUCUCUGACUGUGAAAGAUGAAGAAGCAUCUAAGCUGCAGUUAUUCAAGUACCUGAUAGGGAGUGAUGGUCGAGAAAUCUACAACACUCUGAAAUUCGAGAAAGAGGAGAAGGAUAGAACUCUAAAAAUGGCGCUGGAGGCAUUCGACAAGUACUGCCGUCCAAAGAAAAAUGAAACUGUCGAAAGAUUCAGAUUCAACACUCGCAAACAGGAGGCAGGUGAGACAAUCGAAACUUAUAUCACCGAGUUGAAAACAUUAGCAUCUACUUGCAAUUUUGGUCAAGUUGCAGACUCUCUCAUAAGGGACAGAAUUGUAUGUGGUAUAGUAGACACCAAUCUUAGGGAGAGACUUUUAAGAACACCCGAUCUCAGUUUAGACAAAUGUGUAGACAUGUGUAGGGCUGCGGAAAUCACAAAACAGGGCAUCAGUGUGCUAGACGGAAGUAGCACUCUCACUCCAGUUAUUAAUAAAAUAAACAAACAGAGUACCCGUAAACCUGACAACAACAAAAAACAGACUAGUGAGAAACAAAAACAUAAACAGUGCAAAUUCUGUGGCAAGUAUCAUGAACUAAAGAAAGAAAAAUGCCCCGCAUACGGACAAACUUGCAGAAAGUGCCAUAAACUCAACCAUUUCGAAAAUAAGUGCUCAUCAUACACUAAACAUGGGCCCACAAAGAUCACGAAGAAGAAAGUUCAUGCAGUAGACUUUGGCGAAAGCUCCGACUCAGAUGAUUAUUACCAGUCGAACUCUGUCACUAACUUAGACGAAGUCGCAUCUGUGAACUCUUUGAACUCCAAAAUAGCACAGGCAACCAUGCUAAUCCAAGGACAGAAAGUCAGAUUUCAGCUUGACACAGGAGCUACUUGUAACAUUCUACCUAUAAACCAUUUGCAUCAUGUUCCUCCUCUGCGCCCAACCAACUAUAAGCUUCGCAUGUACAAUGGCACAACGAUUAAGCCCCUUGGAAAACUUGCGCUAUCAGUGACCAACCCCAGAAACCAGAUCACUCAGGAAGCUGAUUUCGUUAUCAUCAAAGACAACUGUACGCCUCUACUAGGUAAUGAUACACUUCAGGAUAUGGAACUACUACAAUGGAAUAGUGAGAACAUUCUAGCCAUUUCCAACUAUUCACCUAUCACCAAAGAGCAGUUGCUCACCGAGUACAAGGACGUGUUUGAAGGCAUUGGACGUUUGGAAGGAGACUAUCAUCUUGUUGUUGACAAGUCCAUUCCUCCAGUUGUACACCCUCCACGGAGAGUUCCUCUAGCUCUUAAAGCACAGCUGAAAGAUGAACUUGAUCGUCUAGAGAAUCUGAACAUUAUCGCUCAAGUGAGUGAACCUACACCAUGGGUUUCUAGUUGCCUCAUGGUUGUCAAGCCGAAUAAACUGCGGAUAUGUAUUGACCCAAAAGACUUAAAUAAAGCUCUGAAGCGUAGUUAUUAUCCGCUACCUACUAUUGAGGAAGUUCUUCCACAGUUAACCAAGGCCAAAGUUUUCAGUAUCCUUGAUGCCAAGAAUGGGUUCUGGCAUGUCCAGAUGGAUCAUGAAAGUUCACUGUUAACUACAUUCAAUACGCCCUUCGGACGCUAUCGCUGGCUGAGAAUGCCCUUUGGCCUGUCUACAGCCCCUGAAGAAUACCAGAGGAGACAAGACCAAGCUGUUGAGGGAUUGACGGGUAUACAUAGUGUAGCAGACGACAUCCUUGUAUAUGGGGAAGGAGAAACAGAGGAAGAAGCUAUUGUUGACCACGACCUAAAAUUACGAGCUUUGAUGAACCGGUGUCGAGAACGUGGACUCGUUCUAAACAAAGACAAACUUCGAUUACGACAGAAGGAAGUGCGAUUCAUUGGACACCUUGUUACAUCAGAAGGUCUGAAACCUGACCCUGAAAAGGUGAAAGCAGUUAAAGAGAUGCCGAAUCCUGAUGAUGUUGCUGGUGUAAGGAGAUUUCUUGGAUUUGUGAACUAUCUUAGCAAAUUCUUGCCAUCCCUAAGUGAUUUGUGUGAGCCACUUAGGAAACUUACGCUCAAAGACGCUGAAUGGAGCUGGCAUGAGGUCCAUGACAAGGCUGUGUCAGACAUAAAACAGCUAGUCAUUUCUGAACCAGUGCUUAGUUACUUUGAUCCUAACAAAAGCUUAACUCUUCAGUGUGAUGCCUCAGAAACUGGACUGGGAGCCACAAUCUUACAGGAAGGAAAGCCUGUUGCUUUUGCAAGUCGUGCAUUGACUGACACAGAGACUCGGUAUGCACAGAUCGAAAAAGAGUUAUUGGCAGUGGUAUUUGGACUUGAAAAAUUCCACCAAUACACAUAUGGACGUGAUGUGACUGUUCAGAGUGACCACAAGCCCUUGGAGAUUAUCCUUAGAAAACCACUUCACAUUGCACCUAAACGACUUCAGAGGAUGCUAUUGCGUUUGCAAAAGUACACUAUACACUUGGCAUAUCAUCCUGGGAAAGAAAUGUACCUAGCUGACACUUUGAGCAGGGCAUACCUAAGAAACAACGACCAGACUGGCACACUUGAAGAGGAAACAAUACAUCUGGCACGAUUUCUCCCUGUGAUCAAAGACAGACUUCAGGAACUGAGACAAGAAACUCGGGAAGACAAAACACUAGUAGAGCUGACCAAAGUUAUUCUCUCAGGAUGGCCAGAAAUCUCUGCGUGUGUUUCAGCUCCCCUACAGCCAUACUUCAACAUUCGUGACGAGUUGACAGUACAAGACGGCAUUGUAUUUAAAGGAGAGCGCAUUCUUAUCCCAGAGUCUAUGAAAAUGGACAUGUUGCGCCGUAUUCACUCAUCUCAUAUUGGAGUUGAAGGAAGUCUCAGGAGAGCUCGUGAAAAUUUGUUCUGGCUUGGUAUGACCAAAGAUGUGAAAGACUUUGUGACUAAGUGUGAUACCUGUCGUUCUCUUGAUGACAAACAGAGGAAAGAGACCCUCGUAAGUCAUGAUGUACCCACACGUCCAUGGGCCAAAGUAGCUAGUGACCUAUUUAGCUACAAUUCGAAGGAGUACCUUGUGACUGUUGAUUAUUUCUCUAACUUUUGGGAGGUUGACUAUCUUCGCAACACUAAGUCGAAGACUGUAAUUCAGAAACUGAAGGCAUUGUUUGCACGCUAUGGAAUUCCAGACACCCUUGUAUCUGACAAUGGGCCCCAGUUUGCCUCUACUGAGUUCCAACAGUUCGCCAAGGAAUGGGAAUUCAGUCAUGUGACUAGCUCACCGAAGUACCCCCAGAGUAAUGGAAAAGCUGAGCAAGCUGUCAAAAUGGCCAAAAGAUUGCUGAAACGAGCCUUGAAAUCUCAGUCUGAUCCUUAUCUCUCUCUGCUAGAUUUUCGUAACACACCUACUCAAGGAAUGGAUACCAGUCCAGCUCAGCGUUUGAUGAGUCGACGCACAAAGACACUCUUGCCUACAAAGGAGACCCUCCUAGUUCCGGAAGUUUAUCCGUUGAAAUCUCAGGAGAAGCAAUUAACCUCUCUGAAGCGAAGACAAGCUUUGUACUAUAAUCGAGGAGCAAGAGAUCUACGACCACUGGAUAUUGGAGAAAAGGUGCGUAUAGCGCCACCAGAAACAUUAGGACAUACUGACAACGAAUGGAGAAAAGGAACUGUGAAACAUUCACUAGGAAACAGAUCGUAUGAAAUUGAAUCUAAUGGACAGACAUACCGUAGGAAUCGUCGUGACCUCCGUCCAAGUCAACAUGCUGACACAGACGCUCACAUACAUGAGGACAUUGAUGACAAACCCGUCCAGGAACAACCUAUCAAGGACGCAUUAACUGGACAAACAUCUGUGAAUCCAACCUCAAAACCUACCAGUGCACCCCAGAGUGAUACUGCACCUCCACUUACCACAAGAUCAGGUCGAAUCAUUAAGGAACCAUCUCGAUUCAAGGACUAUGUGAAUUAG